AUGUAAUUCUAUCUUAAUUCCUUCAUUUUAAAUUUAAAUUUGAAUCUUAUUUUUGUAUUAACAAAAGUGCAUAUUAGUGCCUAUGCACCCUGAGAAAUUUGGUAGAGCUAAUUCAGUGGUGCUCAAGUUCGAGAACCACUCAUUCCGUUCACAGUCCCAUUUCCUACUUUUCUCCCUAUUCUUUGACAUUUUUAGAUGCGUUUCUCUUUAAUCAACAGGUGCAGAUUCUUUUAGAGCUUCUGCCAGUCCUUUGUUGCACACACUUCUGCAGAAGACCCUGGGAAAGGUCAAAAGCCUAAGGUCAAAAUCAAGCCUUCUCCAGAGUUAUGGUCGUGGUUUUUCAUCACUUCUGACACCCAUGCAGAUGGAUGAUGGUGCAUAUCCUUUCCUGGCCCUCUCUGGAAUCCCAUCCGUUUCUUUCAGUUUCAUCUCUUCUUCGGAUAAACAGUUUUUAGGCACAAAUAUGGAUGAAAAAAAGCAUCUGGACCGCAUCACCGAUCAGAAAGUGGUUGAGUUGUCCGUGCUUGCUGCUCAGGUUGCUGGGCAGAUGGCCCUUCGGCUCGUCCAUGACCACAUCCUCAAACUAGAUGUUACCAAGUAUUCUGAUGUGAUUGCCCGCCACGUGAGCGCCAUCACCCAGCACGUUGACACUCUCAAAAAUGACACGGUCGAUAAAAUUGAGUCUUUGUCAACGAAGUGGCUGAAUGCGGCAAAGAGUUCCUACAGUCGUGCCGCAGCCUCUCUAAAUAUUGACAUAAGGAAUACCGACCAGAAUGACUUUGAGAUGUGUCGCAUAAUCAAUAACCGCAUAAUGAAGGUGGAGCAUAAUUUUCUCUCUCCUUAUGUCUCUUUGAGAGAUGUCCCAUUCCGCCACAUUUUCUUUGGUAAUGGCUGGCAAACCACCACAGACCUGGAAAAGUACUUGGGUGAUGUACAAGAAAAGACAAGCUUCAACAUAGACCAGGUCCUAAACCAGUUCGCUCUACUCACCUGGACCAUCCAGGGCUGUGCUAAUGACCUGGCUGGAGAUAUCUGGUCCUUGGACAACGAGAUAUAGAAUUUUUCACUGUUGCAUCAACCAACUUGUCUUUGGCUUUGCUUGAACAUAUUUCUAGAUACAUAAAAACAAUCCUGUCACUAUGAAGUAGAUCUGAUUUGAUUUGGAACAAUGAAUUUUGACCAAGCAUAUCUUCAAAAUUAAUGAUAUGACCGUUUUAAAUUAAACUUUGGAAGUUCUUUAAUCAUAUUAAGAACUAUAGUGACAUAUUAAAUGUUUUUAUUGCAUUAUAUAUAGUUUGGGAUCAGUA